AUGGCUACGGUCGGCUGCCAUGCCGCCCCCGAGGCGGCGGAGCAGCUCCGCGGCACGGAGGCCCUCUCGCUGUGGCCCGCGCGGCGUGCGCGGCGGGCCGCGGCGAGGCAAGCGGCAGACGGGAGGCUGGCGGCUGCCUUUGCGCGCAUCGUGGAGCUGGAGGGCGAGCUACGUUGUGCGCGGGCGGCGGCCGCGGCUCCCCCGGUUCCUGCAGCUGCUGACUUCGAGGCCCGCGUCCUGCACGAGGUCGAGCUGCGGUUGCGCUUAAUGGCGCCGUGCAUCAGCCACGGGGUCAGGGCCGCCAUGCACGAGGAGGAGCAGGGGUGCGAGGAGAGCCGAGGGGCCCCCCCUCCUGCUCCCAGCUCGCUGGACGUCGGCAGGCGUAACACGGCGGCCCACCACUUCCGAGUGCAGGCUGCCGACAUCGCCAAGAUGGGCCAGCAGGAGCUCAACGCGGUGCAGCGCGAGGCGCGCAGGGCUGGCCCCCGCAGGUCUGCUCGGCGUACGCGGCGCGACCGCCCAGGAGGACAGCUACGGCAAGUGCGCGGCGCUGCUGGCCGCGGACGUGCUGAUCUUCCUUCUCGCACGGCUGGUGCUGCCCUUCUUCACCGCCGUGUGCCUGCCCAGCGCUAG